AUGCAUGAAGCUUUGACCAUCGUCGAGUUACAGAGUAGUAUCAUCGACUACAUUCUGUCCGACGAUGCCGGCGGCAGAAGUACUGUGGCUGCUCUAGCAAGGACAUGCAAAGUUCUCCAUGGCUCUGCAGCAAAGGCUUUGUGGCAGGACUUACCAAGUCUCGCGCCGCUACUGUACUGCAUGCCGUCUGACAUACUAGGGGAGAAGAAGGCUCACGACACCGUAUACCUGGAUUUCCGCAGACCCAUCCAAACGGCAGACUAUGCGCGGGCAAGCAUCUAUACGAGCCAUGUCAGAUCCUUGCACUUCCAAUCGUCAUGGAAGCGAUGCAACAGCUCCCCUCUGCCAUCCAUAUCUCCCGAAGCUUUCGCCGCUCUAGCUGCCAACAUACCCGCCGACUGCUUACUUCCUAAUCUCCGUUCUCUCACGUGGGAUCCGCCCUACGGAGAAGAUGGUCCAGCAUUUCUCCUCAUCGAGAAGCUGCUGACCCGAACUCUGACCUCCCUCACCCUGCGCAUAUUGACGAAGGCGCAGGCUGCCGCACCGCCUAUCCUACAGUCUAUACCACAACGUUGCCCGUGGAUGCGGAGCCUCUUUAUAGAAUAUGAGGGUACCGACCGGGCCGUCUCGGAGUCGGUCGCGCAGUGCAUUUCUCAACUCCAUCGACUACAAGAAUGCGAGGUCUACAUACCCGCCCUCAGCGUCAGUCUCAACAGCCUCGUGAAGCUACCCAACCUAAGAUCACUGACGGCAUGGCAAUGCCCCACCCUUCCCUCUCACCCACGUUCGCGACUCCCGCGACCGACGCUACAUUGUUCCCCCGGCACUUUUCCUGCCCUCCAGGAGAUACAUGUCCGCACGGAGCACAUUACGGCAUGUACGACACUCGCACGGCUUAUCAGCUCCAAGCAAAUCAGGUCCAUCACGUUCACGUACAGCGAGUGGGCACCUGCGUCCCUUCUCGAGGACUGCACGAGAGCAAUCAGCAGUCAGUGCGAUUCCGCAUCUCUCACGUCCCUAUCCAUCGCGUUUGACAGAGAGGCCGGAACCCCGUACGGCAUCUCGGACGCUGUCGUAGACGAAACAGUGCUCAGGCCGCUGUUGGUCUUUUCCAGCUUGGAGGCACUCGAACUGGACCCCCACUGUUCAUUCGCUAUUGACGACAGACUCGUCGAAGACUUGUCCACCCACUGGCCGCGCCUACGGUCGCUGGAGCUAAUUCCGAAGAAGCCCAUGGCCAACGCGUCUAGGCUGACGCUGCAAGGACUUAUCCCGCUCGUCAAGAACUGUCCCGACCUGAAGACCCUAUGCGUUCCGCUGGAAGAUUUCGUGAUGACUCCUUCGCUGGAACCGGCCUCGACGAUUUUCAACGAGAAAGUCACCAGUCUAGCUAUUAUGAGCACCGCCGUCGAGAACCUGGCCGCUGCGAUCCUGUUCCUCGUGUACCUGUUCCCCAACCUCCGGGCGAUCGACAAUUGGGCAGAGGAUGAAGAUGAGGAGAGUCUCGGUCCCUGGAGGACAAUCGAGACUUUGGUUAGAGAUAUCAACUCAGCUUUCCCGAAAGAGACGCAAGGACAUGAAGGGCGUUUCACCCAGAGUCAGCUGAGGUGCUUGAUGCGGAAGUGGCUGAAGGAAUUCGGGCUUUAA